UUCAUGGGACGGUUCUCUCUCUUUCUCUCUCUCUCUCUCUCUCUCUCUCUCUCUAUCGCGCGCGCACAGUUUAGAGCAGCACAAUCUUAAACCUUCCACUGGACCAAGCGUUUCCGCUCUCAGCAGUUUGGAGAGAUGGAGGAGUCCCGCUUCCAACCUCGACGCAUGUUUCAGCAUCCCACUUGUCAGGAGCGACGCUUAGUAGCAGGCUGAUGGGAUGCAGACACACUCUUCAGUUCAUCUUGGACUGGAUGAACUAGAAGCCGCGCGCAAGAGGGCGAGGUUCCCACAGAAAACUUGGGAGAAAAGAUGUUUGGACUUCUUUUGAUGGUGGGAAAUUUCAGAGAGAAGUGAAGGAUUAUGUGUCUUUGGAGUCGCACUCAUGAUCCACCGCACUGGACAUGUGUAACAUGAUGCUGGUUGUGAUAAUCGAUUGUGUUCAAAAAGGAUAAACCGUGGGCAGGCACAUUUACGCAUGGGGUUAAAGGAUAUACUGGAGGCGCACCUUGGGAUUGUUUGUCAUUAGACGCUGGCUGUGAGGACUGCAGCCUAAAUAAAGACUGUGCUUCGGAUGUGACUGCAUCAACACCAUGCAGCUUCAACCCACACCCUGAACUCCUGGGACAUUUGCGCUCCGUGGUACAGACUCGGGUUUCGUGCAAGAUCUGAAAAAUGGCAUUGAGCGAAAACUGCAAAACGCAGCCCGCAAAAGAGCAAGGCUCAGUGCAAAACCCUCCAUCGGAUGUGAUUGAGCUAAACGUGGGUGGACAGGUGUAUUACACUCGUCACGCCACACUGACAAGCUUUCCAAAUUCCUUACUUGGGAAGCUGUUCUCCAACAAGAAGGGGUCUUCAAAUGACUUGUCCCGGGACCUCAGAGGACGCUAUUUCAUAGACAGAGAUGGCUUUCUGUUCCGGUAUGUACUGGAUUACCUCAGAGACAAGCAAGUUGUCCUCCCUGACCACUUCCCCGAGAGGGGGCGAUUGAAAAGAGAGGCGGAAUACUUCCAGCUGCCAGAACUGGUCAAACUUUUGUCCUCCGACGAGUCUAAACUAUGCGCAGACGAGUUGUACAACAGUGAUUUCGAUGAGUCGUCGCAGGGCAGCGACCAGAGGCUUUGCCCCUCUUACUCCUUCGAUAGGAGGUAUGGCUACAUCACGGUCGCGUUGAAAGGCGUUUGCGCGGCGGGAGGCAAAGAAAGUCACACCGACGCCAAGGCCAAAAAGUUGCCUCGGAUCUUCAUCAGCAGCAGGAUCGGCCUGGCGAAGGAGGUGUUCGGAGACGCCCUGAACGAGAACAGGGACACGGACCGGCCACCGGACCGCUACACCUGCAGGUUUAACCUGAAGUUCAGGCACCCGGAGAGGGCGUUUGACAUGCUGUCAGAGAGCGGCUUCCACAUCGUGGCCUGCAACUCGUCCCUGACCGCGUCCCCCGUCGGUCAUUACGCGGAUGACAGAGUCUGGUCCAAUUACGCGCACUACAUCUUCUACCGUGGGCCCUCAAGGUGGUCGUCCUCUCACUGCGACUGCUGCUGCAAGAGCCACAAAAGUGAGCGUGAGGGGGAGAGCGGAACUUCUUUCAACGAGCUCUCCACUUCCUGUUCGGAGACCCAGUCUGAGGCCAAUUCCCCUCAAGGAACCGUGAUCUUUGGGCCCGUGAGGCGGCAGCCCAACAUCCAGACGCUGGACCGCCCCAUGCCUAAAGGACCAGUUCGCAUGCUGCAGCAGGCGGAGAUGCGCCGCAAGACUGAAAUGCUCCGCGUGAGAACCUUCGGGGUCCGGGAACGUGAUGCCGCAAAGAGGAAAGCCAAUAAGGAGAAGAUGACUCCAGAGCAGGAGCUGGAGAAAUGCAUCCAGGACUUCCGGCGCAUUAGGAUUCCUGAUCGCUUUCCGGAGAGGAAGUACAUGUGGCAAUCAGAUCUCCUGAGAAAGUACCGUCUCUAAAUAUGAGUGUGAAGAAAUAAAGAGAGAUGGUACAGUAGAGACGAGAGAGAGAGAUGGUACAGGGAGUAUUAACUGCUUGGGCAAUAGACUGCACCCUCUAAAACACUUACAGUACUUAAAGUAAAAAAAAAAAAACUAUGGCCACUCUCCC